UUUGCUCCCAAUACAUUAUCGCGGUUCUAUCUACAACAUUCCCAUCGCUGUUUGGAUCACAAGGGACUAUCCCCGUGCUCCUCCGAUUGUUUAUGUUGUGCCCACUCAAGACAUGCUCGUCAGGCCUAGUAAAUUCGUCGAUGUCAGCGGUCGCUGUAACAUCGAGUACUCCCAGUCAUGGGAACGCAAGGGCGAGGCUUGCAAUCUAUCGGCAUUACUUGAAGCCCUGCAAGACCUCUUCUCUCAUGCUCCACCUCUCUACGCUAAACCCAAGCCCAAGUUGCCUAGCCCUCGCUCAUCUUCGCCUUCCUCGGCGCCUCGUCCCUCGUCAUAUUCCCCAUCCCCAUUACCUGCCCAAGAUGUUGCCCGCCCUCCACUACCACCGAAACCAGUUUCAUCUCCCGUACCCGCGAUAACGCCGAACGUGUCUACUUAUUCGUUGGACUCCCCCCGUGGUCCACCCCCGCUUCCUCCUCUGCCGCCUCGCGCCGACAUCCAACCACCUCAAUAUCAGCACCUUUUGAUGCACAUAUCCACGAGCAUCAAUAUACACGAAGAACACACUGCACAACCACCCGCGGUACUGGUGACAGAUCGGUCUGCGAGCACUAGCGAUAAUUACCGAGGACCUCCUGGGGCUAUGCCAGUGCAAUCUGCAUUGGCUCACGUUCAGCCUUCUGUCGUAACUCAAUACCCGUCACAUACUUCUCCGCGUCCUCCACAGCAGUGGACCCCGCCCGCAGUCUCCCCUGUGUCCAAGGGUUCACUUCCAAAUCUGAUAGAUGAAGAGCUUGUGCAGUCAUCUGUACCACAGCCACCUGCGGAUUCUGCACCGCCACGCCCCCCGAACCCGGAGUUGCUCCAACUUCACGCUCGAGUCCAUGACAAAAUUCAGUCGGAGUUCAAUUCUCUGUCGCAAGCCAUGCAUCUGGAUGCCGAGCGUCUUCGUGCCCAGCAAACGGAUCUUCUUGCCGGAGAGCCCGCGAUCCGCGACGAGAUGGCUCGCCUUGAAGCGGUAGGAGCCGUGUGCCGUCAUGUGUCAUCCCGUGUCCGCAGCGCUCUGGAACAAGGAGAGCGGACCUUGGCUGAGUUGCGACGGAAGGGUGACCCGGAAGUGGACGAAUUGGUAUGUUCGACGAGCAUUGUCCACAACCAGCUUAUUAAUCUGGUGGCGGAUGAUAAUGCGAUCGAGGACACCAUGUAUCACCUCCAUAGAGCCUUGAACGGGGGGCGCAUGGAUCUAGAACGGUUUUUGAGGACCAUCCGCGUGCUCGCCGAAGAACAAUUUAUGAAAAGAGCGCUUAUCGAGAAGAUCCAGCAGGGAAUCCCGAUGGAGGGAACCCUACCAUAAAGCUAGUGGUUAGGAAACCAAGCAGGUGACCAAGAUUCGGCGCAGAAUAUUUGUGGCCACACCCUCGAUAGCAUACUUUCCUUAUGUAUCUUGUUCUGGACCACGCUAUUUGAGCAUGGGCACGUUUCACACAACAUGAUUUACGCGGUCCCAAA